AUUGACACACGUAUGUGACGAUGGAUGGCAUCGAUGUGUUUGUGUUGAGGUUUUUUUUCUCAUUGGUUUUAGUGUUGACUUUAAUGUAUUAAAACAAUAAAAUGAUUGAAUGUAUUGAAACACUUCACACAUAAACUGAUUGAUUGAUUGAUUGUCUUGUCAUUUGAUUUUUGAUUUUCAUCUGAAGAAAAACUGAUAUUUAUUUAUUACAAGAAGCGAUGGGUGUUUACAUGUCGACACCAAACACGGAGAUCGAGUCGGAAGACGGCCAGACAGCCCGUGUGGUGUUCGGCGCCGCCUCAAUGCAGGGCUGGAGGAUUGGUCAAGAGGACGCUCACAUUGCCAUCGCCGACUACGACGAUAAUACAUCGCUGUUUGCCGUAUUUGACGGUCACGGCGGACCAGAAGUGGCCAAAUACUGUGCACACCAUUUGCCGACAUUCAUAAAAUCAUUGAACUUAUAUCAGACAAAUAAAUUGAACGACUGUCUGGUGGAAGCCUUUCUUGAAUUUGAUAAAACACUGGUCAAACCGGAAGUGUUUAACGAAUUGAAGAUAUUGUCCGGUACUCAGGAAGAUGAACGCAACAGUGAUAGUGACGACGAUUUUAAUGAAGCCAUUCUUUUGCGAGAAGAGGCCGACCUACCGAUUACCGAAGUGAUGGCCAGAUAUAGUCAUAAUGUGAUUGCCGGUAAUGAGAUGUCGACAAAAUCCGAUGAUAACGAAUGCAGUGGCAGUGGUCUGACUAGUAGUUCGACGUCGUCGUCAUCAUCGUCUAAGUUAAGACUGUCUGUGCCGUCGCAUCUGAGAAACGAAGUGUACGGCAAAGACAAUAAACCUAUUUCGCCAUUUCUUAAAGCAAAGCGAAGCUCAUUGACUGAGGAAUCAUUAAACAACCAUUUAAGGGAUGAGUUAGACCCUGAUCUGCAAGUGUGUAGUAGUUCAUCGUCCACUACUACUACUACUCCAUCAGCUAUUGUAAAAAGUGAUGACAACAACUCAGCAGAAGAAGAAAAGACCAUAUCAUCAACUGAGUCAAUGGUAUGCACUGCCGAUGAUAAUGAAGCGAAAGCGACAACAACAACGAUAACAAAAGAGCCCAAAGACAUCAGUGAAAACAUGAAAUCAUCGAACGGAGAGAUAGCGCACAACAAAAACGGUGAUUCUGUGGUCAAUUCAACAGAUUCUGCCAUCGAUGAUGGUAACAAUGGAAUCGAUUCCAGUGAUGACAAGUUGAAAAACAAAUCAUCUGAAAUUGAUGGCAAAGAUGAAGUUGUCAGUGAUAGCAACAAUUGUGACGUCAAGAGUACAUCUGAUGAGCCGUCGACGACGCCUUAUAAAGGAAAAGGUAAACAUAAGAAAGAAUCGCCAAAACCGAUGGAAAUUACUACUAAAGAUGACGAAGAUUCCAGUAAAAAGUCUGAUAAACAUAUUUACGAGUAUUUUGUGAAAGACAUGGAUGAAUCAGAUAAUGUUGAAGAAGAUAGUGACGAUGAAGACGACACGUUUAUGGGAAAAGACGAGUCAUCUGAUGAUGAAGAAGAAGAGGAGGAGGAGGGAGAAGAUGAAGAGACAUCCGAAGAGGAGGAGGAAGACGAGGUUGAAGGAGUGGAACCUCAUACAGUUAGCUACGAAAAGCCCGGUUACGACAGCGGGUGUACAGCUGUUGUCGCACUGUUACGCGGGAAUCAACUAUUGGUGGCCAAUGCAGGCGAUUCGCGGGCCGUUGUCUCCCGAAACGGUACGGCCAUCGAAAUGUCUAUAGAUCACAAACCAGAAGACGAUCUGGAAAGGGAUCGCGUGGAGAAGGCCGGCGGUAAAGUGACACAAGACGGCCGCGUCAAUGGCGGACUAAACUUGUCGCGUGCCAUCGGAGACCAUUCCUAUAAAAAUAAUACUAGACUAACGGAUAGGGAACAAAUGAUUACCGCAUUGCCGGACAUUAAGACACUAGAUCUCGACCAAAGCGACGAGUUUAUGGUCAUUGCCUGCGAUGGCAUUUGGAAUUCAAUGACAUCUCAACAAGUGGUAGAGUUUGUCAGACACCGUAUCAACAAAGUGGACAAAUUGUCCAAAAUAUGUGAUGAACUAUUCAGGACAUGUCUGGCCCCUAACACACACGGAGACGGCACCGGUUGUGACAAUAUGACUGCCGUUAUCGUCAAAUUUGUCGGUCAAGUGUCCAAACGAAAGUUGGACGACGAUGAAAAUGAAGUAAACAAUCAUAAAGUAGAUGUCGAUAGUGUGGUUAAAAGCGAUGAGCCUUCGGCUAAACGAGUCAAGACUACUAGCGAAUGUUUGACCGCCGAUUCAUCGAUGGACGACAAACGGGUAUUAUCGGACACAGUCGCUGCCACUAAUACCGACGACACUACCAGUGCUUGAGAUGAUAUUUGCCCAAAAAAAAGAUAAUCAAUCAUUGGUUCAAUUGGUAGUUUGGUCUUAACGACAACUAAAACAAUUUUCAACUAUUUUAUAUUUUCUACAUAAUUGCAAAAAUAAAAAAAA